AUGGGCUUGCUCUCGUGCUUUGCGCCCCUGCUGCCGGCACGCUCGACCGCUCACUCGUCUGCAUCCACUGCCACGCUUGUCGACAAGGACGCUCACCGCUUCAUCGAGGGCAAAUCAUCGGCCGACUCGGACGAGGACCGCGUGGUCGUCGAUACGGGGCGGCGGCUCGACGAGCUGAGGAGGGAACUGGACAGGGCCGACGUCGAUGCCUAUGUCGUCCCCACCGCCGACGCUCACGGAUCCGAGUGGGUCGGAUCGUGCGACGAGCGCCGCGCCUUCAUCUCUGGCUUCACCGGCUCGUCCGGCGUCGCAGUCGUCACCAAGACCGAGGCGCACCUGUUCACCGACUCGCGCUACUACGUCCAGGCCGGCAAGCAGCUCGACUCGCACUGGACGCUGCAGAAGGUCGGCGAGGAGGGCGUCAAGAACUGGGACAAGUGGAUCCUCGACCUCCCGAGCGGUAGCAAGAUCGGCAUCGACCCAACGCUCCUCGACUAUGGUACCGGCAAAGCCCUGUCGCAGGCCGUCAAGACCCGCUCCCUCUCGCUCGUCUUCCCCUCGUCCAACCUCGUCGACGCCAUCUGGCGCUCUCGCCCGCCACGCUCCGCCGCACCGAUCCAGCCGCACCCGCUCAAGUUUACGGGCGAGUCGGCCUCGUCCAAGCUCGCCGCCCUGCGCAAGUACCUGCGCGAGUCGCACCCGGCGGGCGACAACGACAAGGCCGACGCCGCCUACCUCGUCACGACCCUGCCCGCCAUCGCCUGGCUCCUCAACCUGAGGGGCGACGACAUCGCCCACAACCCCGUCUUCUACGCCUACGUCCUCAUCACCGAGCGCGAGUGCGUCCUGUGGGUCCAGAGCGCGGCGCUCGCGAGCGACGAGGUCCGCCGCGCCGUGAGCGAGUUUGGCGGCCGGGUCGAGGAGUACGGCAACGCGCUCGAGGGCAUCAGGAGGGAGAGGGAGGGCAAGGCGGGCAAGGUCGUGACGGACGCCAAGGCGAGCUGGGCUGUCGUGGACCUACUCGGCGAGGACAAGGUCGAGAUCGUCAAGUCGCCGAUCGAGACGGCGCAGGCCGUCAAGAAUCGGGUCGAGAUCGAGGGUUUUCGCCGGGCGUACCUGCGCGACGGCGCCGCUUGGGCUCGUUGGCAGGCGUGGCUCGAGGACGAGGUCGCGAGCGGCAAGGAGGUGACUGAGUGGAGCGCGGCCGAGAAGUUGACCGAGUAUCGCAAGGGACACAAGUACUUUGCCGGGCUCGCCUACGAGAACAUCUCGGCCACGGGCGAGAACGCGGCCCUGCCGCACUACGAGCCGUCGCCGUCUCGACCCGUUCCGCUCUCGCUCUCGACGCCAUACCUCAACGACUCGGGCGCGCAGUACCUCGAUGGCACGAUCGACACGACGCGCACCAUGUGGCUCGGCCGCAAGUCGCCGUCGCGGGAGCACAAGCGCGCGUUCACGAGGGUCCUGCAGGGCCACAUCGCCGUCGACGCGCUUGUGUUUCCCGAGGGAACGACGGGCGAGCAGGUCGACGUGCUCGCGAGGGCGCCGCUGUGGAGCGAGGGCAUGAACUACGGUCACGGUACAGGGCACGGCAUCGGCGAGUACCUCUCGGUGCACGAGACCCAGGUCGGCAUUGCGCACUCGGCCGCAUACUUCAACACGCCCUUUGUUCCCGGUCACGUCACGUCGAACGAGCCCGGCUACUACGAGGUCGGCUCGUACGGCAUCCGGCUCGAGAGCGUCCUGUGCGUCAAGGAGGCGCACACCCGGCGCGGCUUUGGCGACCGGCGGUGGCUCGCGUUCGAGCGGCUGACAAUGGUCCCGAUCGACACCAAGCUCGUCGACUAUGCGCUCCUGUCGCCCAGCGAGAAGGUCUGGCUCAAGUGCCACAACCAGCUGUGCAGGGACAAGCUCUUGCCGCUCGUCAAGGACGACAAGCGGGCCGUGCGGUGGCUCAAGCGCCAGUGAGGCUGCACGAGGAGGGUUUGUCGAGCGCUCCUUGGCCAUGUGCAACGAGACAAAGUUUGGCAGCACG